AUGGGGUAUCUUAUUUUUGUAGCGAAAGCGGAGUUCGGACAAUGGUGUGUAGCCGAUGGACAGAUACCAGAUAAUGUGAUACAAGCAGCCGUAGACUGGGCUUGUCAAACAGGUGGAGCAGACUGCAGUACGAUUCAGCCUAACCAGCCUUGCUUCUUGCCCAACACUGUCAAGGACCAUGCCUCUGUUGUCUUCAAUAACUAUUACCAGCGUUAUAAGCGCAACGGCGGUUCCUGUAACUUCAACAGCACUGCAUUUAUCACACAAACCGACCCUAGUAAGCAACUUUAUCUAAACCCUUUUUGUUACAGUUAUUUAAGCUCUUUGAUCAAUCAAAAUCUUGAACCAUCUGUUUCUGAUUAUCUCAUGAUUUGA